UUGAACUGGAAAUCAACGAGAAAGACGGUGUGAUUUCAGAGUUACGGGCAGAAGUGGACACACUGAGGUAGGCGAAUGAGGUGCAAACGUUGUAUCUUGUUGGAGGAUUUUGUAGCUUGAUGCAAGCUAAGGACAACGAGGUGAAGAAACUCACCACUGAAAAUGCUAAAUUGAAAAGGGUAGUAAAUGUUUUAGAGGAGCAACUUGCUAAGCGCGAAGUGCAUAACGUGACGCAAGCAUUCCGUGGUGAAGAUGUGAAUGCAGAAGGUGUGAAAUAUGGGUUAAGUGGGAACGAACAUGUUACAGACCUAACAAACAAUACCACCCCUGACAGAGUGUUUGCAAUAACUGGGGAUGCAGUUUCAGUUUGGGAUGUUAUGCUGGUAAGAGAACAAACAGACAGGAUCACUGAAAUACAGCAUGGUGUACUGGUUGGAACAGAGGUGGUGGUUAUCAGUCCAAACAUGGCAGAAGGUGGUCGGUUGAAUGUUGUGAAUAAUUCAUUUGUGCAGGACGUAAAAUGCAAAGUGAGAAAGGGGUUAACCCCGACAGGGGUUGAGUGCCUGAGUGUACGUGGGCGGGUGAGCACAUCGAACAUGGUGCAUGUUUGUUCAAUUGCGAGUAACGUAGACUGCAAUGCAAAAAAUGGUGGGUGCACGGAUGUAAUUGAUGUGGAUGAUGUUGACGUUUACGUGAAGAAGUCAGGCUUUGACAUUAACAACAAACACGGCGUGUGGAAAAUGAUGACAGCUGCGGAGAAAAAGAAAAUCACCGAUGCAUAUAACAGAGAUGGUGAUAGGCUGUGAUGUGGGAUGGGCAUGGUCAUGGUGUUGUUAUGUAUUUCACCGAUGUGAAAUCACUUGUGCGCCAAUUUGAGAUACGGGGGAAUGUAAGUCGUGUUGAUGGGUAUUUAUGCAAUGCGUUUUUUUUUUCCCAACCAUGCAAGAAUCCAAUAUGUACAAAUGUCACAGGUGAUCGAUGGAUACACUGUGCUGCUAAAUGCUGAGCAUGAGAGGAUAAAUGAGGGCGCUGAUGCUCCAGAUAAAUCUUAUUUCUUCAGUAGUAUUUGUCUAGUAAGUUUGUGGCUAUAAAUGUUAUGUUUGGUUAUGGGAUGUCAUAAUGUGUGACUUGUUCGCAUGGUGAUGCAGGACAUGAUGAAGAACAACAAUGUACGGUCAAGGAAUAGGUAUAUAAUGGACAACUUGCAUGCUGCAAAGCUCUUUCGUUACGUACAUUUCCCAAUUUACAAAGACUCACAUUGGACGCUGGUCGUGUACGACACUAAGGACGGGAGUUGAAAGCCUUUUAACUCGAUGAAGACGAGGAGCGGAAUUGUGGACGUACACUACAUUAAGGCAUUUUUCCUGGUAAGAUUUGUACAUGUUAAAUUGUAUGGGAGUGUGUCCACAUGAAAAUUGUGUUGGCUGACAUAUGUAUGCAUUGAUGUAGAAAAACAUUGUGUCAGAGGUCCAGAGGCAGACCAUGGGAAAGGACUCGAUUGAUACUCAAGAGUAUGAUCCGCCGUUAGAAUCAGUAGUGGACUGUUCCGAACAACGUCCCGAAUCGUAAACACGUUUUUAUUUUCCACACGACAUAACCUAGUACAGAAAAUGAAUUGUCUUAAUUUAUGCUUACAACAUUAAUAACAUGUGAUGUGAUAUUAUUGAACAGGCUUGAUUGUG